AUUAGUAAAGGUUGUUCUCGGGCUCCGAUAUUCAGUUUUCACGCGUAUCCAAUGCAGGUUUCUAGCAAAACUACAAAAGAAAAGUAUUGUAUUUUCUCGCCUAUAGUUGCCAAUAACGUUUAUAUUAAAGAUCCUGAUGUUGGUUUUUUCUCUGAUAUGAAAUCAGAUUUUGUCAGGUCAGAGAAAUUUUGCGUAGCAAAGUUUGGUGGCCAUCUCAUCUCUAUACAAGAUGAUGAAGAACUUGCAAUUGCCAAUUAUGCCGUGUUUUCAAACAUCACCGUAGGAAAUGGACUGGUUGCUCCUAUUGGGUUUAUGGCGUCGCCAUACUAUAAGUCGAAGACAUUUACUGACGGCACAAACCUCACUUUUGCAAUGAAACUCGCUGUAGUUCGCGACAAGUCACAACAAACUCUUUGCCUUUACCUCUACCGCCACAGCACUCAACACAUAGAUGGGUUAUCGUUCGAAGUGUGUCACCUAUCGUACAUGUUUGUAUGUAAAGCGGAAGUCCCCGAAUUUUCAGAGGAACUUCUAGAGCUUCUCCAAGACAUUAAGAAGGCACAGAGUGAUACCGCUCCAAGCAGGCAAUACAAGGUAACUGGAAAGUGCGAGAAAAAGGAAGACCAAAGUAUCAGAUACGAUAUUGAUCCUUUUGCCGUCUCUGAAAAGCUAAACAAUGAGACUUACUGUGUGCAUGAUUUAACAAUUCUUCCUGGUAGAAAGGUUCGGAAUUUCGAAGAAGCAGAAGACCUAUGCGUGGAAAUUGUGGAUGGCCAUCUCAUAUCAAUCUCAAAUGAACUUGAGAAAGACUUUUUAGUCCAAUAUCUAUUUGCUGAUGAACAAAGAAUCCCAAACCUUGAUGUUGAUGCAAGGAUUAUUGGGCUGAGAUACGAAUCCGGAAGGGGAACUCCAAACUAUACAGACGGUGCAGAUGGGGCGUAUGCUUUAUAUACGGCUUAUACCCAAAGCCGCACGUAUGAUUUUCAUGGAAACUGCUUUGCGUUGUCCAAUUUUACGGAGAAUAAAACAUACACAGCUUCAAUACUUCGAGCAUCAUGUGAUUUCCAACUCGGAAUCGACAGAGUCACCUGCAAAAGUCGAGCAGAAAAUGUUGAUAUGUCUGCUGAAAUUACAUUCAAAAGAGUAUUUCACCUUGAAGAUGAAAUAAGAAAAUAUUUCGGAGAAGACUCGGUAAAUUUUGAGCAUUUCUUACUGUUUAAGAGCGUAUACUGUCGAAUACAGACUGCUGUAAAUCAAACAUAA